CCGGGAAAACGAGAUGGCAGAGAGACCGGGGUCUCGGCACCGCUCGCUGUAUAAACUGAUGGGCUCGCCGCCUUGGAAAGAGGCUUUCAGGCAGGGAUGCCUGGAGAGAAUGAGAAACAGCCGGGACAGGCUCCUGAACAAAUACCGCCAGGCUGGAGGCAGUAUGUCAGGAGGUGCUCAGAACACCCUUCUAGUGCAGGAGGUGAUGGAAGAAGAGUGGAAUGCUUUGCAGUCGGUGGAGAGCUGGCCACAGGCCUGGACUCAGUUGGAGGAGCCGAUGGACCUGGCUGUGCUGGAGGAAAUCCAACAGGAGCUGAUUGAUCAAGAGCAGCACAUCAUCAGCGAGUACGAGAAGAGCUUGCAGUUUGAUGAAAAGUGUCUCAGUGUCAUGCUCGCUGAGUGGGAAGCGAACUCCCUCAUCUGUCCCGUGUGUACAAAGUACAACCUGAGGAUAGCAAGCGGACUGGUCGUGUGUCAGUGUGGCCUGUACAUCCCGUCUCAUUCUCCAGAGGUGACAGAGCAAAAGCUUCGCGCCUGUCUAGAAGACAAUGUGAACGAGCACAGUGCACACUGUCCCCACACUCCAGAGUUUUCAGUCACGGAGGGGACAGAGGAGAAGUCGACUCUUCUCAUGAGCUGUCUGGUAAGCCUCCCUCGGGAGCCAGUAGUUGGGAGUGGGUCAGCGGUUGGUUUUAUUCCCACCCUGGUAGAAAAGAGGAAGUUAGUUGCAUAGAAAAGUGAUGUCAUUUCAGUUAAAAGGCCAGCCAUCUCCCGAAGGGGGAAAGGACAGAGGCCACCCAGGUCAUGGAAGGAGCAGCUUAAGUGUUGUUGCUAUAGAUGACUUUUAACCAUAUGCUGAGACUAUCUUGGUGACUGGAAUAACUCUAACUUUUUUCUAUUUAAAUCCAGGCAUGUGAUACUUGGGCUGUGAUCCUCUAGAGUCAGUCCCAGUCUUGAUGCACAAUCUACUGGGUUAGAAGAAAGUCCCACCUUGAGAAGUGGCCUUGUAAAUACAAACCUUUUAUUUAUAACUUAUUUAAUAUUAAAACAUUUCAGACUUUC